AUGUCUUCAGCAACCAAGAUCAUCGUUGAACAACUCGCCAUUGCUUUCCCGGAUCUCUCCUUUCAAGAUCAGAAUCAGAAGGAGGUGAAGAAUAAAGGGGCUGUUAGCGAGGAAAGUUGCCAAAGUCAUGGUGGAAUAUGUGCGAUAUGUUUAGAUAAGAUAGUUCUACAGGAAAUUGCACUCGUAAAAGGCUGCGAGCAUGCUUACUGUGUAACAUGCAUCCUUCGAUGGGCAACAUAUAGUAAAAUGCCUACAUGCCCUCAGUGUAAACAUCCAUUCGAGUUCCUUGAUGUUCAUCGUUCACUUGACGGCAGGAUCAACGACUACAUGUUCGAGGAAAGCGUGUGCCUGCUUCUUAGAGCCACAUGGUUUAAAACUUUGAAUGUGGAGGAACGCGAAGAGGUAUACGAUGAUUUGGAUGAUUAUUAUUACCAUUAUCCUUAUGAGGAUGAUGACGAGGAGGAAGAUGAAGUUUAUUACAACAGUGCACCGAGUCUCCGCUUUGGGAAUCGCAGAUGGGGUGAUAAUGGAUAUGUAAGGUCAGGGCGUCAAGAAGCCAGACCUGUCCAACGAUCAUCCAGUUCCCAGAAUACUGCUGCCUCGUCGUCUUCAUCUUCAAGUGAGCCCAAGAAAAAAGAAGUUUCGAAAAGUACGAUGGGGCGAAGGGCAAAGCGAGCACUGAAGCGUGAAGCAGCCGAUAAGGCGGCUGCAGCCAAACAUCAAGAGCAUUUGAUGAGGCUGGGGCUGGGGCGGAAGUGAUAUCUUUGAUCCAAUGUCUUUUUUAUAGAACAUUGAACCAAAGUGAUUAAGGGUGAUU